GAAAAAAAGAAGGAAGAGAGACAGAGGAGAGAGAGGGGAGAGACAGAGAGUUGUAGAGAAUAGACGGAGGGGAGAAGAAUAAUAAAGAUUAAGCUAAGUGAGAGAGAGAGGCAAGACAAAAGUGAAAAAGAGAGGCUAGGAAACAUGUUGGCCUGUAGCAUUAUGAAUUAUCCUAGUUGUGAGUCCAUUGGGUUCAUUUCUUGGAGCAAUCAGUUGAAAAUCAUUGGUUUUAGAUUCAGAUCACCUUGGUUUAAAAUUCUGGUUCUGUGUGACCUUGGGGAAGUCACUUUCCUCCUUUAGAAAAUGAAAGGGUUGUAUUGAUUUUCUUCUACAAUUUCCUUUGCUUUUAGCUGUAGGAUACUGUGAUCCUAUCCUUGUCCAAGUGUCUUUCUCCCUACAGGCAGACAGGAUUACUGAUGUUGGCAAAGAAGGAUAACUCUGAGUUUCGAGCUACUCUGGACACCUUGUCUAAGCAGGGUGUGGAACACAAGAAUCUCAACCCUGAAGAGCUGCAGAGACGUUUUCCAAAUAUUCGGUUGGCCAGAGGGGAAUCUGGAAUCUGGGAUCCAUCUGGGGGUGUCUUGUUUGCUGACAAGGCACUGAAGGCCUUGCAGGAUGUAAUCAGACAGCUAGGAGGCAUGAUCCAUGAUGGGGAGAAAGUAACAGAGAUAAAACCCGGGUACCCAGUUACCGUGACAACCACCACCAGGACCUAUCAAGCUAAGAGCCUGGUAAUUACUGCAGGUCCUUGGACUAACCAGUUUCUCCGCCCCCUGGGAAUACAACUGCCUCUCCAGCCGCUGCUGAUCAAUGUGUGUUACUGGAAAGAGAAGGUCCCUGGGAGCUUUGAAGAGAACUUUCCCUGCUUUGUGGCGUCAGUCCCAGAGCAGGCUCCCCAUCAUGUCUAUGGGAUACCUGCAGGAGAGUACCCAGGGAUGGUGAAGGUCUGCUAUCACCAUGGUAACCAAGUCAACCCAGAUGAGCGGGACUGCCCCUCAGCAUCUCCAGACCUAACAGAUGUCCAGGUCCUCCGCAGCUUUGUGAGAGAUUACUUCCCCGGCCUGCAGCCUCAGCCUGCCAUAAUGGAACGCUGCAUGUACACGAAUACCCCAGACAAGAAUUUCAUUUUGGAUAAGCACCCAAGCCAUGCCAACAUCAUCAUUGGGGCCGGAUUCUCAGGACAUGGCUUCAAGCUGUCCCCCGUGGUGGGGAAGAUCCUGUAUGAACUAAGUACAGAGUCACUUCUAUCCUAUGACCUGACUCCAUUCCGAAUGAGUCGCUUCCAGAGCCUCAACAAAGCAUCUCUGUAAACCUCUGGUUAACAACCUCCCUUCUUUGCUUACCACAGUGCCUGGCACCCAGUAGAUGCUUAAUAAAUGCUGAUUGAUUGAUUGAAAACUUAUUGACUAAAGGGAGACGUCCCAGAUUGAAGGAGAGCGAGACAUCAUCCACGUUUCCUAUUCUUCUUGACUGAUCUGGGCUCGCUUACUCCCUCUGAAUAAUUUACUUAAUCCUGCUCCUAAAAGUAGUUCAGACAUCCUGGAACGGAAAGGAAGGAAUCUUAAAGAUCGAUUUUUUCAACAGGGAGUGGGACAGACCCAGAAGCCCACAGGAGCAGAUGGAAUUUCCUUCUCUGCUGCUCUUUAAGAACAGGGAAAACCUUUCCAAAGCUUUCUGGGAGAAGGGGAUGGGAGUGUAGACCAGACUAUAUUUUUCUUGUUAUAUCCCACAAGAGGAGCAUAAUAAAUGCUUAUUUGUUGAUUGUU